CCGAUUUGCUACUCGGCCAAGGUACGGGUGAACUCAAGAGCCCGAAGCACUUCACGAUUACAACGUCAAACGAACCGCGAUUCAACGAUCAGAUACUGCCCGACCCGCGCAAAGCCUCGACACAUACUCAAUUGGCUCAAGAUGGCGUCGGGAUACGGCAUGAACGGCGGCGUUGGCCGCUGCUUUCCCUUCUGGCAGGAGGUUAUGGGAUGCUAUGUGGUCAACACCACUGCCGCUGAUGACUCUGGCAAGAAGAAGUGCGGUCUGGUUCUCGAAGAUUACUACGAGUGCCUCCACCACAAGAAGGAGCAUGCUCGAGCUCUCGCUAUGCAAGCCGCCUACGCCCGAAGCGAGUCCGCUACAGCGCGCGAUGAUGCGCCCAGCGUUAAACAAAUAAGGAGUCUAGGACUCAUCGACAAGGAGGAAGACACGAAGAAGGUGCUAGGACAAAGCUAGACGACGGAUGGAUCUGGAAAUACUCACUGAAUUAUACUCGAAUGCUAUUUAUGUUAGCCCGAUUACCUGUAUCGCUCAGCUACACAUGAAGGAAUAAACCUUGGUUUCGCUCAAGCUGCCAAUCGUGACAAAGCCCAAACCAGCUGGGACUUUUGACAAGCUAUCAAUGGUAGGGUUGCCAAUUUCUUCGAUAUGAAACAGCUUAUUCAAUAAUCCAUUUUGGGCAAACUCGACAGCAAUACCACCAUGCAGGUUAGCAUUGUGCUCAGAAUCUUG